GCAGUGAAGCUCCAGUCCGUUUCCAAUUUCAUGUCUGCCGGCGUACGGUGUUGAGGGAGAGGGGUCUACGCGAGCCACUGUCACUGCAGAGAACAGGUGGCUUUCUGCAGUGGACACGCACACCCGCGCGGGUGGAGAGGAUGGUGCACACUCAAGGGUAUGUGCGAAUAGGGGACAAGCACAUCAACUUACUUAUGUCGCAAUACAGAAUGAUUGAAGAGCGUGGACACAGCAGGGAAACCAUGGCAGAGAGAAGACAGCUGUUUGCCGAUAUGAGGGCUCAAGACUUGGAUCGCAUUCGAUUAUCGACUUACAGAACCGCAUGCAAGCUAAGAUUUGUGCAGAAGAAAUGCAGUUUGCAUCUAGUAGACAUCUGGAAUGUCAUAGAGGCCUUCAGAGAGAAUGGUCUCAACAACAUGGACCUCAACACUCAGUUCACUGUGGCUCGGCUGGAAGCAAUACUGUCCACCAUCUUCUAUCAGCUGAACAAACGCCUGCCAACCACCCAUCAAAUCAAUGUAGAGCAGUCCAUCAGCCUGCUCCUCAACUUCCUGCUGGCCGCUUACGAUCCGGAAGGCCAUGGGAAAAUCUCUGUCUUUGUCGUCAAGAUGGCCUUGGCAACAAUUUGUGGAGGAAAGAUGAUGGACAAAUUAAGAUAUAUUUUUUCACAGAUAUCUGACUCUAGUGGUAUAAUGGUUUACGCCAAGUUUGACCAGUUCCUGAAAGAAGUCCUCAAACUGCCCACCGCCGUGUUUGAAGGCCCCUCGUUCGGCUACACUGAGCAGGCUGCAAGAUCCUGCUUUGCACAACAGAAAACGGUCUCUCUGAACACCUUCCUGGACACGCUGAUGUCGGACCCCCCUCCCCAGUGCCUGGUGUGGCUGCCGCUGAUGCACCGUCUAGCUAAUGUGGAGAACGUAUUUCACCCAGUCGAAUGCUCCUACUGCCACAGCGAGAGUAUGAUGGGAUUCCGCUACCGCUGCCAGCAGUGUCAUAAUUACCAGCUUUGUCAGGACUGCUUCUGGAGGGGACAUGCCAGUGGUUCCCAUAGCAACCAGCACCAGAUGAAGGAGUACACAUCAUGGAAAUCUCCCGCAAAGAAGUUAACAAACGCUCUGAGCAAGUCGCUCAGCUGUGCUUCCAGUGGUGAACCUCUGCACCCCAUGUUCCCUGACCAGCCUGAGAAGCCACUCAACUUAGCCCACGUCGUGCCUCCUCGACCAGUUAACAGCAUGAACGACUCCAUGUUUUCCCACUCUGUGCCCAACUCAGGAAGCCCCUUCACAAACAAAAGGUGUUUGGGCAGAAGCCCACCUUGCCCUCUCCCAGGAGGUGACCGAGGACAGGCCGAUGAGCAUGCUCUAAUUAAGCUGUAUGUAAGUCAACUGAUCGAAGACCAACGCCCAGAUAGCCCAGAACAGCCCGAGUCCAGUCCAGGUGGAACCAAUCUAGGGCUCAGUGAACCUAGCAAGACAGUGGAAGUUGGGCAGAUCCCAGAUUUGACUAAAGCUGCUCCGACUCUGUUGAAAGGGAAAGGGUUGUACUACAGUGUGGACGUUGCGGACAGGCUCGCUGAUGAACAUGUUCUCAUCGGCCUCUGUGUCAAUCUGCUGCAGACCUACCCUGGGCGCGUGCUGGAGGUUAGCGGUCGGCUGGACGAGGAGCACCGGCUCAUCGCUCGCUAUGCCGCCCGGCUGGCUGCCGACACCACAGCUGCGCCACAAGCUCAGCAGCAAAGAGCAGCAUCAGACAUCAAUUUCUCCAUGGACGUUAAUAAGCAGCAGCGGCAGCUUAUAGCUGAGCUGGAGAACAAAAACAGAGAGAUCCUGCAGGAGAUCCAGCGGCUGCGGCUGGAGCAUGAGCAGGCGUCCCAGCCGCCUCCUGACAAAGCCCAACAGAAUCCCACGCUGCUGGCUGAGCUGCGACUGCUCAGACAGCGGAAGGACGAGUUGGAACAGAGGAUGUCGGCCCUGCAGGAAAGCCGGAGGGAGCUGAUGUUGCAGCUGGAAGGACUGAUGAAGCUGCUUAAGGAGGAAGAACUGAAGCAUCCUACUCAGGGUGCCAGCUCACCCCGCUCCUCCCCCAGUCACACCAUCAGCAGACCCAUCCCCAUGCCAGUGCGGUCUGCCUCCACCUCCGCCUGCACCACGCCUACCCACACUCCUCAGGACUCGCUCAGCGGUGUGGGAGGGGACGUACAGGAGGCCUUUGCUCAGGGCGCCAGGAGGAAUUUGAGGAAUGAUUUACUGGUGGCAGCUGAUUCGAUCACGAACACAAUGUCAUCGCUGGUCAAGGAGCUCAACUCAGAAGCUGGCAGUGAAACAGAAAGCAAUGUGGACUCCGACUUUGGCCGUGCUCAGUUUGAUGACUUGGUGCCCUCGCCUACGUCUGAGAAGGCCUUCCUGGCUCAGAUCCACGCCAGGAAGCCUGGCUACCACCAGGGCAUCGGUGCUCCAGGGGCUCUCCCCACUGACAUUACGGACAAUUCAGACUCCUUCGUGCGGGCGGAUGAUGAGGCCUACGAGAACGACUCAGUGCGGCAGCUUGAGAAAGAGCUGAAAAUGGAGGAGUUCCUCAAGCAGAACCAGCAGGACAAGGCUUACAUGGUGUCAUUGCAGGAAUGAACAUAUUGUAUAAAUAAGUGAGCUCCGGCGCGACUGACAAAGUGAGCUCCGCAAGGACCGACAACAAUGCCAGCUCCACCCACACCAGGAGGAGGGGCCUCUGGUCCAAUGAGAGCAGAGGCAGAACACGGGGUGACCACUGAAGUCACGGCCUUGCAACAAUGCCCACAAUUAGUGUCCCAGGACGGCUUCCAAAAGAUUGUAGUUAGUCACGUGUUUCGAAUGAGCAAACUGAAAUGCAUUUAUUUCUUUUUUUUUUGUGUGUCUGCAGUGUCAUUCAUAACCACUAUAAGGAUUUCAGAAUAUAAAACAGCAGUUUGGCCGAGGCUUGGAUUCCCAGCGUCACUGUUUCUGACUGUAUCACUCAUUAGCUGUCACUUGCGUAACUACAGACAUAUUUUCCAUAUACAUUGUGUGACUAAUGCUUGGUUUAUAUUUCCGUUAAUGCUGUCAUGAUUUGGUUAUAUAAACGUUUGUAACAGAGUAAAAUGCCACUUUUUCAGACACAUAGUUCCACUCGAAGACAUUCAGAAGCAGCCACUGGACUAUGUGUCGUACUGCUGAAUGUGCACUUUCCGUUGAGAGCUUUUGGUUUUGCACCUAAGAUAGAUAGAGCUGUAAUUAAAGACCUGACUUGAAUUCAAAAUGAAAAAUCAGUUUUUAAUCAAAAUAUCGCAGCCAUAUUGUUUAUGUAAAUACAUAUAUACAUAUAUUUUUGCCUGAUAUUUCCAACAUCAAACUAGUGACACUGCUAAAUAAAUCCGUAAAUUAUUUAUGUAAAGAGUUAGUUUUUAAUCCACGACAUAUCAAAAUUAAAACUGUGAACCAAUUGAGGGAUUUUCAACAACAAAGCUGUCUACUAAUGCCGCAGGUGCCAUAAAGAUCUGAUUUGUACGAGAUGUCUCUGUUUAUUUCCCAUUGUGUUUUAUGGAUUAAUGCAUUUUAUUUUCAUGAUCAAAGCAUGUGUUGUAAAGAUUUCUGUUUUUAGCCGUGUGGCCUCGGGGUGUGUAUUGAGUAGAUUAAAGUGAGUUUUCUGAGGA